UUCUUUUAAUAUGCAUAUAUAUAACCUAAAUUGAAUUGGGAAAUUAUUAAUUUAUUUUUUUUGAGCUUCUUAUUCGAAAUGCAACACUGUGGAAGUGAUAAGGUCAUUGUGGAUUCUAUUGUACUUAUCCCUCGAUUUGUUUUUAGUUGUUGUUUCAUCCACUAUUUGCAUUUUAAUUUCUUCACAAAUAUUUUUGCAAGAAUUUUUUUUCUAUCAAAAAUUUUUUAAAUUCUAAGUGUAAAUAUCGUAUUGAAAACAUGUUAAAACCGAAAGCAUUGACACAGGUGCUGGCACAAGCAAAUACUGGUGGUGUGGAGAAUACACUUUUACUGAGCCAGGAAGGUGCCUUGCUUGCAUAUGCCGGUUAUGGUGAUAAGGACGCUCGUGUAACAGCGGCAAUUGCUAGUAGCAUUUGGGCUGCAUAUGAAAAGCAUGGACGCAAUGCAUUCCGAGAAGAUCGUCUUACAUUUGUGCUAUUGGAUUGUGAAUGCGGUCAUGUGGCCAUUACCCAGGUGGCGAGCAUAUUGCUUUGCUUAUAUGCAAAAGAAAUGGUGGGUUUGGGCUUAUUGAAACAGAAGGCAAUGGCUUUGGCCAACUACUUGGAGGGCCCAUUGAAACAGAUUGCAGCCUCAUAAAGUUUCCUUUUUAUAUAAACUGGAAAAUUAUAAUUAAACCAAAAACAGUAAAAUAAAAUUAUGUUAAGCUAUCACCUAAAACUAAAGUGAGAAAGAAACAAACUUGCAAUCUUUAUGUAUUUAAUGAAAUUUAAUUGUAAUUAGGAUGUAAUGGUAUUGGCAUACAUAUAGUUGUUUUUAUAAACUGAUUAAAAUUAUAAAAUUUAAA